CUAUUUGGCUCUUUCAUUCACCUUAAUUUCUCCUCUCUUUCGUGGUAGCAUUAUUAAACUUUGUCAAUUUCCAAUUCCAUUUAUAUAUAUUAGUUCGAUUCAUAGUUUGCAACGUUAAUUUCAUCUUCACUCGAUCAUUAUUGUCAAAACCAUGGGAAACUGUUUGGCAAAUUCAGGUGAUGGCAAGAAGACUCAGAAAAAGACUACUUCUACCUAUAAACAACGGAACAAUACUUAUUCUGCAGAUUAUGAGAGAAGUGUUGGCGCCAAAAUCGCGGUAGCGGAGAAGGAAAAUGGAGAGAGCCUGAGAACUACAGUAGCUGGUGGUGGAAAAAUUGUGAAGCCGAAUCUAAAAAUGUUCACAUUGGAUGAGUUGAAAAGUGCGACAAGAAACUUCAGACCAGACACAAUACUUGGUGAGGGUGGUUUUGGUCGUGUUUUCAAAGGAUGGAUUGACAAAAACACUUUCAGACCAUCCAAAGUUGGUGUUGGAAUUCCUGUUGCUGUCAAAAAGUCUAGCGCCGAUAGUCUCCAAGGUUUACAAGAAUGGCAGAGUGAAGUGGACUUUUUGGGGAAGUUCUCUCAUCCGAAUCUUGUUAAACUACUUGGCUACUGUUGGGAGGAAAAUCAAUUCCUGCUGGUUUACGAGUACAUGCAAAAGGGCAGCUUGGAAAGCCACCUCUUCAGAAGCCCUGAACCACUGUCUUGGGAAAUAAGGUUGAAGAUAGCCAUAGGAGCUGCUAGAGGUUUGGGUUUCUUACACACUUCAGAAAAAUCAGUUAUAUAUAGAGACUUCAAGUCUUCAAACAUUUUGCUUGAUGGGGAUUUCAAUGCAAAGUUGUCUGACUUUGGAUUGGCAAAGCUUGGACCUGUCAACGGUAGAUCACAUGUAACCACACGGAUCAUGGGUACCUAUGGUUAUGCAGCACCUGAAUACAUGGCUACAGGUCAUCUCUAUGUAAAAAGCGAUGUAUAUGGAUUUGGUGUUGUUCUUCUAGAAAUAUUAACAGGUUUAAUAGCAUUGGACCAAAAUAGGCCAACGAAUGAGAUGAAUUUGGUGGAUUUUACAAGGGGGUCUCUAAGUGACAAAAAGAAACUAAAAAAGAUAAUGGAUCCAGGGUUGGAAGAGCAAUAUUCAUCAACAGCAGCAUUUCUAAUAGCUCAACUCAUACUCAAAUGUUUAGAAUCUGACCCAAAAAAUAGACCAUCUAUGGAACAAGUCUUGGAAACUCUAGAAAAGGCUCAAUCCAUUAAAUAUAAACCCAAAGUGAAAAAAUCCAGAAAUUCUGUGCAUCAAAAAAAUAAGAGACCAAGGGAUCAUUCUACCAAUAAUCAUCACAAUAAUGGUCACUCCAAAUCACAAACUCAUUCCACUCAAUAGCACUCCACUAUUGUAUACUCUCUGCACAUAUGUAAUUUUUAUUUUAUUAGUUGUAUGUAUACUUUCUGAGAAUGAACGUUCUAAUUAGUGUAAUUUGUCAUAUUUUAUGCAAAUUAAUAAAUUUAUAUUUGAUCCAUUUCAUUAA